AUGUCCUUACAGGCUAUUCAGUUUCAGCGCGGGGACAAGUCGCAGGUUUCUGUGCGUGUCCUGGAUCAGCUACUGCUACCGUACGUUUCAAGAUACAUACCAAUACAGACAGUUGACGAUGGCUUUGCCGUAAUCCGGUCAAUGCAGGUGCGCGGUGCUCCGGCCAUUGCAAUUGUAGGUGUAUUGUCCGUGCUUGUGGAGUGCCAACUGCUGUGCAACGAGGAUUUCGUGGCGGUGCAGGCGUUCUACGACUUGUCCAGCUAUGCGGCGUUUGGGCGCACGAUGCGCAUGCGCCUGGCACAUCUUCUGGGCUCACGGCCUACCGCCGUCAAUUUGUCUCAUGCACUGCGCGAUGUGGAGCGCCUGCUCGACAGCGCCACAUCGUUGAGUCAGUUUCGGGAUCGCAUGUAUGACUACGCAUGCGAAUUACUGGACAUGGAUGUCGCGAAUAACGUGCGCAUGGGCGACAAUGGCGCUCGGUUUUUGCUGGACGCUUUGAUUGCGGAAGGCUUCGACGGCAGUUUCGCCGUGCUGACCAUCUGCAACACCGGGUCGCUGGCUACUGCUGGCUACGGAACUGCGCUGGGCGCCAUACGCUCGCUCUGGCAGCACGCAGAGGCGGGCCUGACUGCACCAAAGAAGCAAAAAGCCUCGGCUUGUGCGCCCAGAAUGACGCACGUAUUCCCACUGGAAACUCGCCCGUACAACCAGGGCUCACGUCUGACGGCAUACGAGCUGCUUCACGAUGCUAUUCCUGCCACGCUUAUCACCGACUCUUCCGUCGCUUACCGCAUCCAGACAUCUCCCGUGCCCAUCAAGGCCGCCUUCGUCGGGGCAGAUCGCAUCGCCCGCAACGGCGACACUGCGAACAAGAUCGGGACGCUGCAGCUGGCCCUUGUGUGUCGGCACUUCGGUAUCCGUUUUUUUGUCGUCGCCCCGCGCUCGACGGUCGACGGCACCACCGCCGCUGGCACGGAUAUCCCCGUCGAAGAACGUUGUCCUGACGAAUUCCGCGUCGUCACAGGCGCAGCGGCGGGCGCCACCGGCGAUCCCACCACGGCCAGCGUCGCCAUUGCGCCCCGCGACAUGCCUGUCUGGAAUCCCGCAUUCGACGUGACCCCGCACGCCUACAUCGAUGCAAUUGUGACCGAGACCCGCGUCUUUACCAAGGACGCUGCCGGCAACUUUGACCUAGAUGAGCUUUUUACAUAG